AUCGCCCUGUGUCAGUAUUAUCUCUCACUCGGGGCGCCAUAACAUCAGGAGGCGCCAAAAUGUUUCCUCUCCUACGAUCCUCUACUCCCCGCCAUCUUCCCCUCAAGCAAUCUCCAUCGCCAUUGCAGUCGAAGUUGCUCUUGCUUCCUCCUAGGGCUUCCGCGCGAUUCCAUCCGCGUAAUCCGACGAAGGAUCGCCUUCUCUUGCGGUUCUCUUGCUUUCAGAUCCGGUGCAAAAGCGGUGGCGACAACCUAUCAAGUGUGUCGGAUGCCGAAAGUAGCUCUAUCAAUGAUGAAGGUACUCAAGAGAACAGAAACCAUACAAGUGAACCAAUCACAUCCAACGAGACCUUGAAGAAGCUGAAGAGAUAUGGGAUAUCAGGAAUUUUGUCCUAUGGAUUACUUAACACUGCAUACUAUCUCACAACAUUUCUUCUAGUGUGGUUUUACUUUGCACCAGCACCGGGAAAAAUGGGUUAUCUUGCUGCAGUUGAAAGAUUUCUUAAGGUGAUGGCCAUGGUAUGGGCUGGAAGCCAGGUUACAAAGCUGGCAAGAGCUGGAGGGGCCCUCGCGCUAGCCCCCUUCGUUGACCGAGGAUUGUCAUGGUUUGCGGAGAAAUAUCAGUUCGAGUCCCGGGAGAAGGCAUUCUUUGCAAUCGUGGCUUCUUGUUUCGGGCUCGCCGUCGUGUUAUUCCUUGCUGUGACGCUGAUCUCUGCUUGACAAAUUGAUUCAUCCACUUUUGCGUAAUUAGUUAUUUAGUCAGAUCUAGUUCUAAUCUUGAGUUUGUAUUAUAAGUCAUUAGGCCUGCUAAAAUGUAGUACUUGCAACUGAGAAGAAAGCUCUAUCUACAUCUAUUCACAUAGAUGUACAGCUAUUAUGGUAUGAACUUAACUUCCCUUACAACAUUACCUGACAGGGCUAUUGUUUGGUAUGUACUGGUCAGGGGGUCGGGAAUGAGCCCUGGUUAGAAACACCAGCAAUGUGACUAGAGGAUAAGUAAAAUAUAGCUUAGCGAUAACCGACCCCUCACCAAUUUCCAGACAAAGGGCAAAAGCAGAGCGGCAGUAAACAUAGGCAUCUGCACCACAUGAGCAAUGAUCAACAGCGUAACAUUUUUUUGC